AAGGAAGGAGAAGAGAAAAGGAAGGAUAGAAGGGAGGGAGGAAAGAAGGAGAGGUACAAAAAUGAAGGAGGGAAGAGGGAGAGAAAUGGAAGGAAAGAAUGAACAAAGAUGAGCAAAAUGAGGAAAGGAAACAUGGUGGGAAGGAAUGACAAACGUUAGCAAAAGAGAGGAAUUGAAGUAUAGGAAAGAGAGGAGGAAGGAACGAAGAAAAGAAGGGACCUAGGGAGGAAGGAAGAAAGGGAGCGAAGUAAUUCAUUUUCACGCCGUUGCUCCUGUUCCAUGCAGGCUCGCUGUACCGCGGGAGGGUCGCGCUCACUACAUCACACGCGGUCACAUUCUUCAACGCGGUGAGAUUUAACGUUACCGCCGGUCUGUCCCGCACCUGAAACGUAGCGCGUCUCCAAGCAAACGGCAGACAAGCACCCAGCGGGCAUCACAGGCACCGAGUCCACCGACGGGCACCCGAGUAGAGGCGAAAGACGCGCGCAGCACAUACCGCACUAUCCGAGCGAGGACCAUGGAGAGCUCAGGCAACGGCUCAGACGCGGAUUACCGGAGCCAGCUCCCCGUGUUCUACAGCAACAGCAGCUUCUGUCCAAACUUCACCGACGGCAACAACACCACGAGCUUCGCGGAGGCGCGAUGCGACGGGGAUCGCAGACCGACCGGCAGCCUGGAAGACGACGCAAACCCCGUUAUCAUAGCGAUUGUCAUCACAGCUCUCUACUCCAUAGUGUGCGUGGUGGGGCUGGUUGGAAACGUGCUGGUUAUGUACAUCAUCGUCAGAUACACUAAAAUGAAGACGGCCACCAACAUCUACAUCUUCAACCUUGCGCUGGCCGACGCCUUGGUCACCAGCACGUUACCAUUCCAGAGCGUCAAUUACCUGAUGGGUACCUGGCCGUUUGGGGAUGUGCUGUGCAAGAUGGUGAUGUCCAUCGACUACUACAACAUGUUCACCUCCAUCUUUACGCUCACCACCAUGAGCAUCGAUCGCUACGUUGCUGUGUGCCACCCAGUCAAAGCACUGGACUUCAGGACACCGCACAAUGCCAAGAUAGUCAACGUCUGUAACUGGAUUCUGUCCUCAGCCAUCGGGCUACCUGUCAUGUUCAUGGCUUCCACUGCUGUCACUCCCUCCAGCAUUGUUGACUGCAAGCUGAUUUUCCCGCAACCCUUCUGGUACUGGGAAACCCUGCUGAAGAUCUGCGUGUUCAUUUUUGCCUUCAUCAUGCCUGUCCUGAUCAUCACCGUCUGCUACGGCCUCAUGAUUCUGCGGCUUAAGAGUGUGCGCAUGCUGUCCGGCUCCCAGGAGAAGGACAGGAACCUGCGACGGAUCACCCGCAUGGUCCUGGUGGUGGUUGCUGUCUUCAUCGUAUGCUGGACGCCUAUCCACAUCUUUGUAAUCAUCACUGCUCUGAUCAAUAUCCCCAGCUCCACCCUUCAGACUAUCACCUGGCACUUCUGCAUCGCCCUAGGCUACACCAACAGUAGUCUGAACCCGGUUCUUUAUGGCUACCUGGAUGAGAACUUCAAGCGUUGCUUCCGUGAGUUCUGCACCCCAAGUCCCUCUGUGUUGGAGAUGCAGAACUCAUCCCGCACCGGAGCCACUAGCCGCAAGCUCCCACACCGUGAACACCACAGUGCAAACACAGGAGAAAGGUCCAAUCAACAGGUAUGACUAGCCUUGGAGGGGUCGUCGGUGGACUCUCGCUGUGGCGGCAUUGCCAACGACGAUCUCAACUCGGAGGUCACGCAGGUCACCACAGGGCUCUGACCACACAAACUUACCCGAAAACAAUCCAGUGACCUUACUGAGACUCAAUAACACAGACAAUAUUGAUGAUGUGUUGCAAGCUUAACUGCAGCGCUGCAUCAGGUCAGCCCUUUCAGUCUAACUAUUACGAACUGCAUGUGCUUACUUUUACUGCAGCCGACACAGUAAUGGGACAGGUUACACUAAACAGAAAAUCAGGCAUCAUUACAAUACCAUAGCCCCCAAAGUGAAGUUGUUGCACUAAAUUGUGCAUUAACCAUUACAGCUUUAAAAAAUUAUCUAGUUUUCGCUACUAUUGUUAUUACUUUGACAAUUUAGACUACACAGACUGAAUAAGUGCAGCAAAAAAGACAGACGUAUAGACAGAUCUAUAAAAGCCACUAACACAAGACACUAAUAUAAUGCUUUGUUCUGUCUGCUCUGUACAAAGCUGCUGAUCUCAGCCUCCUCUCCUAACUCUCAUCUUAUCGUUAAUUCUCUAGGUUGUAAAAAAGAUCAAUUAAUUGUCUUAUGUUUGCAGAGUUCAUAUGACUUCAAGCCAAUCUAUCACUUCUCUUCCGGUUUUCUUUUUUAAUUUGUUUGCAUGUGUGAGAGGACAGUUUAAAUUGCAGGAAAUGUGGAUUUAUGGCAGUUAAUGGACAGGAUCUAAUCACAUUUUGGCUCUCACUACUGAAUGCCCUUUAUUAUGUACUGCCUUCUCUGUCUUCAUUAUUUCCUUUCCUUCUUAUAUUGUUUUUAUUUUGUCUCUGUAAAUACAUUUUCUACCCCGUUGCUUGACUUAUCAUUAAAGAGACACAAAGUAGAGCACUGUAUGUUCUUCCUGCUGAAUUUGACAAACUUCUGAAUGUACAGAAGGGAAACCAGCUGUGUUCAUGCUGGAUCCUUGUGCUGAAAUGUGGAUCCUCUAAACCAGCAAAGAAGACGCAUCAGCAGAGUAUGCUGUUGUGGAAUAUAGUGUGGUAUGGUACUACUGUUCCUACCAGUGACUGAAUAACUAUCUUAACAGCCCUUACAGCAGGUAUGGGAUUAAAUGGAGUCACUUCUCCAAGAGAGCCAAGCAGCAUCGUACAUCUGUUGUAAUCUUUAGAAUCGCUUGUGCUUACGUGUUGUGCUGUAUGCUAUACUUGCCAGUUGCCUUUACAGUAGCUCUACUCGAUAUUCUGUGUACCAGUAUUUUUUAAUGAUCUGUAAAGAAAGAACAUGAUUGUAUUAAUCACCCAUGUAAAAUCCUGUAAGUAUUCUGUUGCUUUUUUAUGAACAUCAAAAUUACCAGAAAAUGAUGAUGAAGGUGGACCAGAAAGUCAAAUAUAACUUCUAAAUGUAACUUUUGUCAUAUUGAAUCUGCCUUGUUAACUGAAGAAAUGUAUGUUAACAAAUAUGUGUAAAACCUUAAAUUGUGAAUUCAAAAAUGUAUGCAGAGUUUAACUUUAUAGAUUGUUUCAUACGAAAGUAGUUUGUUUUGACUGAAAACGUAUGUGUCACAAUGCCACGCUGUAUAUACAGUCAAUUAGUCAAUUAUUUUUGGUGUCACUGCUUUGAGUGAAAUUUGAACGAAAAUUUUGUUGAUUGAUUUCCAGUCUUUUAUGUCACCAUGUGGCCCAAUUGUCUAAAUCUUAAUUAUCACAAAAACAACAGCUAAAUUUGGUGGUCUCAAGUGUCACAUGCUUUAUUUAAAGCACAAAGUGUACAAUAGGCCUAUGCUUCAUCUCAUGAAAAACAUCAUGUGCACAAAACAAAUAUUGAGGAUCCAGUUGUCACCUUUGUAUGCUAUGUAAUGCAUUUCAGGAAUGAAGACAAGGAAUAAACUAUUUGGCACAUGUGUGACUCAACACUGUUUCCUAACAAACAAGAAGGUCCUUUGUUUGAACCCGACUUAACGUGCUCACUACAUUAAUGUUUUCUCGGGGUGCUCUAUUUCCUCCCACAUUCUUAAGAAAUGUAGGUUUACUGAUUUGGAAACUUGGAAAAAGUGCCCAUUCUGUGAGACUGAAUAAUCAUUAGCAUGCCUGGCUACCUAGCUUAUUACAGUAGCGACUGAUAGUUACUUGCAAGGCCAAGGGGUGGAUUGGAUUGGAUUUGGGGGAGUUUGUGCUUCAGCAACUCCAGCCAAUGUUACCACAGAUAGCAUUACAUCAAACCAAACACUUCGACUAGUCCUUAUUUUAAAUGCCUAUUCUCUAUUAAAAUUAAAAGAGAAACCAUACUGUUACGUCUAUAUCUGAAAAGUCUACUUAUCAAAGUAACUAAACUGCUUUUGCCCAUCAUAUAAAUACUAGGAGCAAAUUAGUCCUAGAAUGAGCCAGCUGGAAACACCAAAAGGUGAACUAGAGUGUUUUUAACCAACUCAUGGAGCUAACAUUAGCUUAAUUUGCUAGUUAGCUACAGCUGAUAAAAUCUGACAGCAAUGCUUGUCAUUUCAGCUGUAGCCACUAGAUAUGAGAAGACUGCUUUUGUCUACGUCUGUCUGAAAUCAAAUAAACAUAAAUUAGAAAUUUACCACACAAAACUUUACAGGCAUAGCAACAGUAACUAAAGCGUUAAUGCUAUUAAUAUUUAUUCAAGAAAAUAAACAUAACACACUGGCAUAAAACAGUUAACAUUUGGCAAUAAAAAUGUUUUGCCUGAUGAAAGUCUAGCACAGAAAUGUUGCAAAUCAAUGUAGUAUCGUAUAGCAAGUUAAAUAGUGUGCUGGAGUUUGUUAUCAACUUUUGAUCCACUUGUCUCUCUCCUGUCUCAUGAAAUAGAUGUGCAAAGCGUUUGUUCAUUAAUUUUACGUGCACCAACAACUGUCUCUCUAAGGGGGAAACUCCCCAGCAACAAGCAUUUGUAUCUUUUUAAGUACAAACAUGUACUUCUAUUUCUAUUUCUAUUUCUAUAUACAUGGCGUUUCUUUUUAUCAUUUGCUUGUUUACAUGACUGAGUCAAUCAUGACCUACUUUGUAUUCUAGUUUUGAAAUGACCUUUCUUGUAAUCUAAUGUACUGAUGAUAAUUUCCACCUUAUGGUUUACAUUCUGUUACACAAUACACAUAAUUUUACUGUUAAUCAGUGCAUUGUCAUUGGAAUAAAAUGUAAUUCUGAAUCUCAUUGAAUGCCUUUUUUCUUGCAUCUGAAUAAAGUAAUCUUCUGCA